CCUUUCAAGCAGGAGACGAAAUAUUUUUUGCUUAACCUCGGAAAAGUUAAAAUAAUAUAUUAUGGCAGAGUUUACAGCUAAUGAGAAGAGCAUCGUUUCUGGUGUCUGGGCCAAAAUCAGUGUCAACGAAAUAGGACCGCAGGCCCUUGCCAGGGUGCUGAUUGUGUAUCCCUGGACUCAGAGGUACUUUGGGUCUUUUGGAGACUUAUCCAACGCCGCAGCAAUCCUGGGCAACAGCAAGGUGGGCAAUCAUGGUAAGGUUGUGCUGAAUGCACUGGACAAAGGCGUGAAGAACAUGGAUAAUGUGAAAGGCACCUAUGCCGCACUCAGCAAGCUGCACUGCGUGCAGCUGAAUGUCGACCCUGAUAACUUUAGGCUGUUGGCGGACUGUCUCACCAUCGUCGUUGCCACAAAGUUCGGCAGUGACUUCACACCUGCGAUUCAAGCCACCUGGCAGAAAUUUUUGUCAGCUGUCGUCAUUGCCCUUGGAAGUCAGUACUUCUAAAUGAAGCAGAGGAGUGUGUGCAUCUCUCUGACCAAACCAAAGAGAAUCCAGCAUUGAAUAAAAAUAAAAUUAAAUAAAUUGAUAAAAAGUUA